AUGCGUUUCACAACUGGAAUCCUCCCAACUCUGGGAGCCAUUGCUUCGCUGGGCGAAGCUACUCCCACUUUCCUUGGAGGAGGCGGCGGUGCUUCUGGUGGUGUUGGAGGCCACCUUGGAGCUGGUGCCGGUCUUGAUGCUGGUGCUGGAGUCGGUGCUGGAGCUGGCCUAGGUGCUGGCGCCGGUGUUGGCGGAGGUGCUGGAGGCAAGAUCGGUGGCGGUGCCGGUGUCGAUGCCGGUGCUGGUGUCGAUGCAGGUGCUGGUGUCGGUGGAGGAGCCGGAGGCAAGAUCGGCGGCGGUGCUGGUGUCGGUGCCGGUGCUGGUGUCGAUGCUGGUGCUGGUGUCGGUGGAGGUGCUGGCGGAAAGAUCGGCGCCGGUGCCGGUGUAGGUGGAGGAGCUAAUGGCCACCUCGGCGCUGGUGCUGGCCUGGGUGCUGGCGCCGGUGUUGGCGGAGGAGCUGGAGGCAAGAUCGGUGCUGGUGCUGGUGUUGAUGCCGGUGCUGGUGUCGGCGGAGGUGCUGGAGGUAAGAUCGGUGCUGGUGCUGGUGUCGAUGCCGGUGCUGGUGUCGGCGGAGGUGCUGGAGGCAAGAUCGGUGCUGGUGCUGGCGUCGGCGGAGGUGCUGGCGGAAAGAUCGGCGCUGGAGCUGGUGUUGAUGCCGGCGCUGGUGUCGGAGGAGGUGCUGGCGGAAAGAUUGGCGCUGGUGCUGGCCUUGGCGGUAAGAUUGGAGGUGGUGCUGGAGGCCACCUUGGUGCCGGUGCUGGCCUUGGAGGUGGUGCUGGUGUUGGAGCUGGCGCCGGUGUUGGUGGAGGAGCUGAAGGUCACCUUGGUGCUGGCGCUGGCGUUGAUGCCGGUGCUGGUGUUGGUGGUGGUGCCAAGGGCGGCCUGAAGGGAGGUGCUGGAGGCCACCUUGGUGCCGGUGCUGGCCUUGGUGCUGGUGCUGGCCUUGGAGGCAAGAUUGGAGGAGGUGCUGGCGGUAAGAUUGGUGCUGGUGCCGGUGUUGGCGCUGGCGCUGGUCUUGGAGCUGGCGCUGGUCUUGGAGGCCACCUUGAAGGUGAUGUCAAGGGUGGCGCCGGCGGCAAGAUCGGAGGAGGUGCUGGUGGUAAGAUCGGUGGCCACCUUGGAGGCGGUCUCGGUGUUGGUGCUGGCCUCGGCGCUGGCCUUGGUGCUGGUAUCGGUGCUGGUGUCGGACUUGGACUUGGUGGCCUCGGCGGUCUCAAGGGCCUCCUCGGUGGUGGCAUCGAAUGGAAUGCAGGUGCUGGUGGUGACUGGCACACUGGAACUUCUUGCAGCAUCGGCAACACCUGGAAGGAUCACAUCCUCUUCCAGGGUAUCUGCUCUCCCGAGACUGAGACAACACCCGCUGUCAACCUCGGUCUCAACCUCCCCAGCUGCCAGAUCACUGGUGACAUCGGCUUCGCUUGCGGUGCUGACUUCCUCAAGACCCCCAACGUUCGUGUCGGCCUCGGUGGCAUCUCUGCUUACAUCGAGAUCGAUCUCUCUGCUUCUGCUGCCGUCCAUCAAUCCGUCGAACUCUUCGCUGCCCCCAAGCUCGGUGUUGCUAUCCCUGGCCUCGAGGUCGAUGCUGAUCUGAAGGCUGCCAUUGAGGCUGCCAUUGCCCUUGAUCUUAUCGUCGGUUGUGGUAAGGCCAUUGAUCUUUCUGCUGGUGUCUACGUCAAGUUCCCUGCCGAUGCCUACGUCGACAUUGACCUUCUCACCAAGAAGGUUAUCAACGCCUCCCUCGAAGGUCUCGUCACCAAGGCUCUCCCCGUCGGUGUUGGUGCUGAUGUCGACCUUGGUGCUGGUAUUGAUCUCCAGAUCGGUCUCCGACUUCGUUCUGAGCUUGCUAUCCCUGGUGGUCUUGAGAUCCCCGUCCUUGGUCUCACUGGAAAGGCUGGUGCUGAUGCUGGCUUCGGUGCUGGUGUCUGGUUCUCUCUCCUUGACUACUCUGCCAAGAUUGGUGGCGGUGCUUCUGCUGGUAUCGAUGUCACUGGCUCUUUCGGUUGCAACCUCGGUCUCGCUGUCGACAAGAAGUGGGACUUCUCUGGUGGUUUCUUCAACCUCAUCCCCAACCUGUCUGUCGGUCUUGCCAAGGGUAUCAAGUCUACCUUCUCCCAGAAGACCCGUGGUACUUGCGGUAGCUUCAUCGGUCGUUUCAAGAAGGGUGGCUUCGUUGGCGGCCCUACCAUCCCUGCUUCCGGUCUGAUCACUGCUACUACUGCUGGCUCUGACGCUUCCAUCACUAUGCCCGCUGGUGUUACCCAGUCUGUCGAAUUCUCCGGUACCGUUGUUGUCCCUGACGCUUCUGGCUCAGCUGAGAUCCCCGACUCCACUGACUCUGCUUCCCCCGAGGGUCCUGGCGAUGUCACUGGCUCUGGUUCUCUCCCCGUUGCUACCUCCGCUGCUGAGAUUCCUGACACCACCGACUCUGCCACUCAAGGUGGUCCUCCCGUUGAUGCUACCGACUCUGGCUCUUCUCCCGUUGCUACCUCUGCUGGCGAAGUCCCUGUCGGCCCUGGUGGUGACAUCCCCAACCAGACCAUCACCAAGGGCGGCGACGUCACUGCUAUCUUUGGCCCUGGCGAGACUGUCACUGUUUCCGGCUCCGAGGGCUUCACUACCAUCAUUUCUGGCUCCGAGGGCUUCACUUCCUACAUCACUGGUUCUGAGGGUUUCACCACUGUCUUCUCUGACUCCGAGGGUAGCUUCACCUCUUACUACUCUGGCUCUGAAGGUUUCACCACCAUCAUUUCUGGAUCUGAGGGCGUGACCAAGGUUGUUCCCGGUACUCCUGGCUUCACCACUGUUGUCUCUGGUUCCGAGACCUUCACUCAGGUCGUCCCUGGUGCUGGUUUCACUUCUGUCUACUCUGGCAGCGUCCCUAUUGCCACUGGCGGUAACAACUACGAGCUCCCUCCUUCCCCUGGUGCCGAUGCCACUUCUGCUGGUGAGGUUCCCGCUGAGUCUGGCUCUGGUUCUCUCCCUGCUGCUACCACUGCUCCUUACGGCGACAACGGUACCCCCGCUGAUGCUACUACCGAUGCUGGAUCCGACGCUGAGGUCACAUCUGCUCCCGCUGCCGAUGUCACUGAGGCCCCUGAUGCUUCUGACAUGAUCACUUCAACCAUUCGGGAGACUCACGUCUACACCAUCACCUCUUGCGCUGCUUCCGUCAUCAACUGCCCUGCCUCUUACACUCAGAAGAUUGUCACCCAGACUGUCGUUGAGCGCACAACUGUCUGCCCUGCCACUGCCACUGCUGUCCCUGACGCUCCCACCGAGGGCUCCGAUGAGUCUGCUGAGACUCCCGACUCCCCUGAUGGCGAGACCCCUCAGGAGGGUGGCAACGCUUCUCACCAGGGUCCUGGCGGUGACAAGGGUGCUGAGUACCCUACCCCCGCCGAAGAAACUCCUGUUGAGGGUGGUAACGGCUCUGGUGCUAACGGCGAUGCCCCUGCUCCUACUGCCCCCCCUGCCGCUGAGCAGACCACUAUCGACCUCGUCACAAUUACCCAGGACGUUACCACCAUUGUCCCCUGCACCGAGUUCGUCACCAGCACCUUUGUUGCCCCUACCACUGUCCACCCCCCUGCCGCUCCCGUUGUCACCAUCAUCGACAACCACACUGGUCAGGCCCCUCAGGACACUGCUACUGAGCAGCCCGGUGCCUUCACCACCCUUACCCGAGUCAUGGCCUCUGCCACCGACUCUGGUGACUACCCCGCUGCCACUGGCAGCGAUGCUGACGCUGCUGCUCCUGGCUACGAUGUGCCCGGUGCUGUUCCUACCUACAAGGUUCCUAACAACGGAACCGUUCCUUCCCAGGUUCCCGUCAUUGCCGGUGCCUCUCUCGUCAGCGUUGGCAGCAUCCUGCUCGCUCUCCCUAUGGCUCUUGCCUUUGUCAUGUAA